AUGGCGACUUUCCUGGACUUGCCCAAGGAACUGCGUGAGAGAAUUUACCGACUUCAUCUCGUCUAUGAUGAGCCUAUUACCAACAAAAAGCACCACCGGAUCGUGAAGCACAAUUCCAGACGGCGUCGCGCCAAGAGAAAGCAUUCGAUGCCCCCGAUCUGCACCGUCUCCCCGAAGAUCGAGAAGGAAGCCGCAUCGAUUUACUAUGGCGAGAAUCAUUUCGAUAUCGGACACAUCGGUGACGUCCACCGCGAAUGCAAGUUCUUCGAUUGUACUCCACUCCGGCACUUGAAGCACUUGCGAUCAGUCACCUGCACCUGGGCGAAUACGGUCCCAGACACCUGGUACGGGCCUGGGCGCUAUGGAGGGUACGGGCAGGUUGGAGAAAACUGGCGAAGACUUUCGAAUCUCAAAUCUUUGGUGGAGCUGAACAUUCGUGUUGACGAAGCCGACAUCAUCAAGAGCAUGAGUAUCGGUCGUGGAGUGCGUCAACAAUCGCAUGUUAAGGAGGAGGUCUUGACGCCUCAACAGUCGUUGGCCAUCUUCCGCUUUCCAAGUAUCGCUGGGCUUCUCUCGAUUUCAGGGGUCGAGAAUGCCAACUUCAUUCAACUUGAGAAUGACAUGGGCGAGAAGUACGGAGGACCAUUCGCCGGUGGCCCACUCGAGACACACAUUCUGCCUCGAUUGAGGGCGUCCCAACUCCAGCCAAAGCGCUUCCUAAAGAAGCGACCUUUCCGACUCCUCGAUCUGCCAGCAGAACUUCGCAAUCGCAUUUACGACUGUAUCUUGCGUAUCCCUGGUCCAAUCCAUCUCUCAACCGAGGCACCCACAACAGCAGCAAAGAAUCCAGACCGCCCCAAGGCCAACGAGUCGAAGCAGUCGGAAUCUGCACUCAACCUGCUCCUCGUCAACAAGCAGAUUCACGACGAGUCGAUUGGCUUGUUUUACAAUUGCAACGCCUUCAUCUUCUAUUACCCCAUCCAGCUGCACGCUUUUCUGCUCGGUAUCGGAGACCAGCGUAAAUCGUUGCUGCGUGAUCUAACCAUCGACUAUUACAACUUGAAGUGUGGUGGAGUCGACUUAAUCGACAUAACUUUUCCGCUCCUUCACCAACUCACCGGCUUGCGUCGACUCCACGUGGUCAUGAAGAGUCAAUUACAUGAGACCACCCUGCGCCAGGGCUGGCCGAAGACAUCUGGCGGGUGGAUGGCGCGAAGCAACUUGAGGCUGGGAGAUGCCAAUCCGAACCUCAUCCCUGGAAUCAAGCACCUGUUCAAUCUACGUGGUGUCACCGAUAUCAAGAUCCGCGAUGUCGAGCUGGAGAAGAAGGUGGCAGAGACAGAGAAGCAGCCCAGCUACCCUGACUUCUGGGAAAACACCGACCACUGGGUGGUCAUGCAGCUGUCUCGCGUCUUUGAGCAUUUCAAUCUGGCGUUGGCGGCCGCCCAAAGUGGCGAUUUCAACGACGAGGUGCUUACGAGCAAGGACUGGCACACCAAGGAGACCUUUCCGCCGCUCAAGAUUGUGGAUGAAGAGGAAGAGGCCGAGGGCAAGGGUGGUGACGGGAACACAAGCGAUGACGACAGCCUGACAGAGCUGAGUGAUGCGGACUUUGACAGCGAUUACGAUUUUGGCUGGUGA